GCCCGACACUUGUACCGAUCUCCUCGACCUACGCCUUGGUUGGGGGAAUUGAUCGUUUGGGGUUAAGGCUUUUCACCUUCUAUUCCUAUAUUGUCUCUUGUUUGUGGCCCUUUCCUCGCUUGAAUUCUCCUACUUCGAUCGGGUCCGAAAUUGGGGGAAAAGCUUAUUAUUCGGCGAGUGGGUUUUACAUCAUGAAGUAUGCUUUUUUUUUCUUUUCCUUUCCGACAUUCUAGCUCCAUUUUGCUUCCCCGCUUUGUACGAGUGCUAUCACUAAGCCUUCGUCCGGUUAGGUUCGGUCAGCAGCUUCGAACGUCUUUGAUCAAAGGUUUGCUUUGUUCCUCCUCCUCCCGGAAAACAUUCUUCCUUCCGCUGCAAUUGCUCACACUCCCCUUCCGCAGACUACUACUACUACUACAUCUCCUACGAUGACUUGAAAUUCGAGCUCAAGUCCCGCCUCUACCCACCGGGCACCGACCCCGCCGUCUCCACACCGAGGAAAUGGACGGAGGAUGACGAGAAGGCCUUCGUUGAGGUCCUGGAAACGGAACUGGACAAGGUUUUCACCUUCCAAAAGGUCAAGUCCGGGGAGAUCGUUCGGAGGAUCAAGGUUUCCGAGAAGGAGGUCGAGGACGUCGUCAAGCAGCUGGACUCGCGACCCCCCGCACGCAGGGAGAAUCAGGCCGCGGCCGGCGCUGGCGAGGGGAGGGCGGGGGAGGCUCCGACCGGUCCGACCGAGGAGGAUUUUGAGAUGCUCGAGGAGGACUUGAGUGAUAUUAUCGCCGAUGUUCACGACUUGGCCAAGUUUACGCAAUUGAAUUAUACCGGUUUCCAGAAGAUUAUCAAGAAGCAUGAUGUGAGAAUUUUUUCAUCUCUUUUUUUCAUUUUCAUUUUCGCUUCUUUUCCUUCCCUCUAUCUUUUUUUCCGGGAUGGGACCCCCUAAUGAGGUUGAUAUCAGAAACAAACCGGGUGGCCACUUAGGCCGAUUUUCUUGGCGAGACUCAAUGCGAAGCCCUUCUUCAAGGACAACUAUGACGCUUUUAUCGUUAAGCUUUCGAAAUUGUACGAUCUGGUGAGGACCAGGGGGAACCCGACUCAGGGUGAUAGUAGUGCUGGGGGCUCUCAGCAGAACUUUAUCAGGCAGACGACAAAGUACUGGGUUCACCCGGAUAAUAUUACCGAGUUGAAAUUGAUCAUCCUAAAGGUAUGGCGUGGAAUGAAUGGGUCGAUUUAUCCGGAUAGUGCUGAUUGCGUCUGGAUAGCAUCUGCCGGUGCUCGUGUUCAACCCGAAUAAGGAGUUUGAGAAGCAGGAUUCCGCAAUCUCGUCAAUCUAUUACGAUAACCGGGACUUCGAACUCUACCUCGGCCGUCUACGCAAGGAUGAGGGUGCGGAGGCAAUUCGUCUUCGGUGGUACGGUGGGAUGGACGUUUCGACUAUUUUUCUGGAGCGAAAGACUCACCGCGAGGAUUGGACUGGAGAGAAGAGUGUCAAAGCACGGUUUGCGCUGAAGGAAAAGAACGUCAAUGCCUUCCUCAAGGGUGAGUAUACCGUUGGACAGGCCUUUGAGAAGAUGCGAAAGGAAGGGAAGAAGAGCGUCAAGGAGAUUGAAGCGUUGGAAGCUUUGGCGAGGGAGGUGCAGUACACUACCAUCACCAAGGAAUUGACGCCCGCUGUGAGGUCGUUUUAUAAUCGUACCGCGUUCCAGCUGCCGGGCGAUGCUCGGGUGCGCAUCUCGCUCGAUACGGAGCUGUCCUUGAUCCGUGAGGACAAUUGGGAUGGGACCAAGCGCUCUGGGGAUAAUUGGAGGCGAAUGGAUAUUGGGAUCGAUUGGCCGUUCAAUCAACUUCCCGCUAGAGAUAUUGAGCGUUUCCCAUACGCCGUUCUGGAGGUUAAGCUGCAGACUCAGGCUGGUCAGGAGCCUCCAGAGUGGGUUCGAGAACUCACCUCCUCCCAUCUUGUCGAAGCGGUCCCCAAAUUCUCCAAGUUCAUUCACGGGACGGCAACCCUGUUCCCUGACAAGAUUGACUUGCUUCCUUUCUGGCUACCCCAGAUGCAAAUUGACAUCAGGAAGCCCACAACUCAUAGGUUUGGAAUUGAAAGGCCGAAUCAGAUUGGUAGCGGUUCUUCGGAUGAUCCUUUUGACUCUGACGACGAUGCCAGCGAUGUUGAAGAGUCGCGUCCGCCUCGUGAUCCCUCGCAAAGAUUGAUUGGCGCUCGGGAGCCGAUGAAUGAGGCCGACCGCGUUGAGAGGACUAAUGGUGGAGGUGGGCCCAGAGGUAUUCAAGAUGAGGAGGAGCGUGCAGGAGAUGCUGCUCCUGGAGAGGAGUAUCCGCUCUACGAUAGUGAAGAUGAUGACUCUGAAGAUGAAACUGGGAGGAGAAAUUGGGCGAGGAGGAAGAGCUUAGGGAAGAGGGUUAAAGGGGCUGCCGGAAAGGUCUUGAGCGGCCUGGGGGCUGUGGCUAGGCGAAACACCGCUACCACCCCCAUAAAUCCCCAAGCUCCCGUCCUAGGAAUGACAUAUGCUCGAAAGUUUAAGGCACCUCCGGGCAAACGUAACCCCCCUUCGCCUACCACUCCUCCAGACACCAUUGCUAACCGCUUCACGACAGGUAUCUUCGUUCCCGUUCGCGUCGAGCCAAAAGUCUACUUUGCCGCGGAGCGUACUUUCCUCUCGUGGUUUGAGUUCUCAAUCUACCUAGGUGCGAUCGCAGGCACGCUCCUUAAUUUCGGCGACAGACUGUCGAUAUACUCUGCCUGGGGCUUUACCGUUGUAGCCGUCUUGGCUCUCUCAUAUAGUAUGGGACUUUACCUUUGGCGCGUGGAUAAGAUUAGCAAGAGGCGGGCUGUGCGGUAUCAUGACAAGUAUGGACCCACGGCGUUGUGUGGGCUUUUGCUGGUGGCGGUGGGGUUGAACUUUUGGUUUAGGUAUGGAGAAUUGGCUUAG